AUGAACAGAGCCACCAUGUUGAAGCCGCUCUCCAGCCCGGGUGUAGACCGGCCCAGGGCCUCGCGCCAGUCUGUCCGGGGACGCAUCUCGGCUCCAAUCCCCAUGCCCGAUCCCCUUGACCUCAAAGAGCAGCAGUCCGUCCCCAGUGAGUCUGGUGCUGUGCAUGAGUCCUGCCCGAGUCCCAUGCCAAAGCCAGUCCAGUCCGCUUCUUUCGACCCGGAAUCGGCAGAGGUCGUGCCUGUGGUGGCGGCACCGGUCGAGAAUGCCAAGAGCGCAUCAGUACCCGACGCUUCCGGACCCCCUGCAACGACCUUUCCGCCUGCAUCGGCCUCUCUGCUUCCCUCCCCUCUGCAGAGAGAAGCAGGCACCAGCUCGCCUGCAUCGGCUAGCCAGCUAUCACCCGCUUCCACACCACAGCCGCGCCCUCUCUCGAAGCGACCGCCACCACAUGCCAUUGCCACCAGCUCGACUCUGCUCUCAGACUCCCCUCCUACUGCCAGAGGCUCAAAACGCGUUUCCUCGGCCCUUCAGCAACGUGCCCCUCCAAAUAACGUGCGAUACUCUGAAGCCAGCGCCAGAUCGGAGAACCCCCGAAUCAGCCAGAGCAGAGAUACCGGCAGCGACAUAAGGCCUCAGCGGAAAAAGUCUGGUUUUCGUGGCGCUUUCAGCAAGCUCUUCAGCCGCCGGAAGCACGUUGAUAGCUUGCCCCCUCCCAGCAGCCAAGCUUCUCAUUACGACACCCCCCCACUGCACCGCAGCGUGCGUUCGGAUCCCACUGUGCUCAGCAUCUCAAAGGAGGCCGAGCCUGGGCGUUCGACCUCGCUUCCCCUCAGCGAGUAUGGUCGCGCACUCCGGUCGCACUCAGUCGGUCCUGGCGCCAUGUCGAUCAUUGACAGCGUGCGGACGUCCCUACAUGCUGACGGCCCGUCAACGGUCCAAGACGACGCCGCUCGCAGUCGCUCAUCCGCAGCUACGGCCACGACGGUAACCCGCAUGCGUAUUGCACAGCACCACUUGCGCCGUGGUGCCGGGGGUUACGGAAGCAGCGGAGACAUUCUCGGCGGGGGGGAGUGGGCCGGCCUGUCUCCCCGACCUGCAAGCGUGCAUGCCCGAGCUACUCACCAUCCGCUCUCAUCUACCGGCCUGGGUGGCGGUGCUGCCACAAGCCGAGGGAACUUGGCAGGCAAUGUUGACGGAAUCGUGCCGUAUCGCGCUGACGAGAUCGGCCGUGCCAUCACAUCUGACCUGGUGGGAGCGACAGACUUGGGUCUCAGGAGACGUUCUCGGUCGUUGUCUGGUCUGCGCGACCUGACCUUUGGUCGGGACAGGUCCCGUCGCCGCAGCGAUGAGAUCCGUUACUGGCGUGAGAGCUACGAUCCGACGCUCAUGUCUCCUCUCUCCGACGAGGAUGCGGACGGCCCGGAGACUCGCACAGGCCACGCAGAUGACAACGGCAUUGAGGGCCGGGACGGCGACGACGACGAUGACGACAUCCGUGAACGCGAUCUUGCGCGUCGGCACAGUGGAAGCCCUUCGGACUUUCUCAAUAAUGGCGGGCUCAGUGGCGCCCUUCUGCCCAGCCUGCCUGCCACACCUGGCUCCCCGGACUCGCCGAAUACGGCGAUGCAACCGUUUUCCUUUGGCAACUUAUCCGGCCUGCCCGAAAUGCCACACACCGCCAACAUGAACUCCCGUCUCGACAUGCUCGAGUCCCGCAUGCAUCGCGUCGAGCAUGUCGUCGACCAGCUCUUCCACGCCGUGGCCGAGCUCAAGGAGCACCCGAGAUCUGCGCACUCGUUUGCCAACGACACGGUCAUGUACACCUCGCCAUCAGCAACGGCAACAGCAGAAAUGCGGCCGAUUUACACGGCCUCGACAUCGGCCAAGCACCGCUUUGCUCCCGCCGCCUCAUCACGCUGCAGCAGCCGCCAUUCAGACCGCUCCGGCAACUCCACCGCCUCCUUCGACUCGGACAUGCACCAGUCACACCUGUCCUUUGGCGAAGGUCGCACCUACAUCGGCUCGCUCCACCCGCCAUCGACGGCGGCCACGCAGGUGAAGCCUGUGCCCAUGCCGGCAUUCCCACCGUCAGUCGCAGCCACAGUCAGAGAAGCGGCGAGCCUGCCGGCACUUGGCGCCUCCAUUGGUCGCGGCACGUCGCCAGCCUCAGCCGCAGAGAUGGCAGCACAGCUUGAAGCAGAGCGGGCUGCCCGCCAAACGCUCGAGGCCCAGGUCAAGAAGCUGAAUGACCGCAUCAACGUCCUCUCCACCACCAUGUACGCCAUCGUGCGCGACCCGGCAGCACAGCAGAAGCGCAGCCUUGAGCCUCUGUCCUCCCCGGUGUCAAGCACAGGCAGCAUCCGUGACGCUGUCGCCACAAAGCUCACGCUACCACAAGCCAUGGGCAAGCUCGAGCGGCCGUCGACCCGGGAAGACGGCAGCAGCAACGUCGACCCCAGCGGUGGCGACAGCCCCGAGCAGCAGCGAAAGACGUCCAGGACUCUCAGCCUGGGCCAGCUGACGCUUGGCAAGAGCGCCGUGCGCGCAUGA